AGAAAGCUCGAUAUUGUAGAACCAAUACCUUUAACAACAAAUGAUGCUUUGGAAUUCUUGCUGGAAAAUUCUUUAAGCAAACGAUUAUAUAAUGAAAUUCGUCAAAUAAGCAAACAGCAUAAUUGUGACAUAUACCCAAGCUACCAAAAUGUCCAGGAAGCCAAAUUGCAAUUGAGACCUGCGGGAAUAACUGCUACAGAAACUAUGGCAAAAGUUGCCUUGCAAGAUUUGUUAAACCACACUGCCAGCCGCAUAAUAUUGUUACAGGAAGAGUUAUUCGCUAACUUUGAAAACGUUUCUAGUAUUAAGUUAAUUGCGAGUUACGGAUACGAUGGAUCAACUGGGCAAAGUAUGUAUAAAAAAAGAUUUGAAACGAAGGAACCGGAACAAUUUUUUGGAAUAAUAGAACUCCGCAGUCUGUAAGAUUUUGCCGACUCCUCAAAAUGGAAUUCGCCAGAGAAACAAAAGAUCAUAUUCUUGCAGAAAAAAACGAUUUGGACACACAAAUAAAAAACUUGACUCCUUGUGUAGUAAAAAUUUCAAAUGAAAAGAAGAUCACUGUCUCAUACGACCUUCACAUGACUCUUAUAGAUGGGAAAGUUUUAAACGUUUUAACGGGUACAAAAUCUUGCCAAUUGUGUUCAAUAUGUGGUGCAGGCCCAAAACAAUUUAUGGAAACUUAUGAUACAAAUUCCUUUAAGCCAAAUCCUCGGCAUCUUCAUUAUGGGAUAAGUCCACUUCAUGCUUGGAUACGCAUUUUUGAAUUGCUGCUUAAAAUAUCAUAUAGAAUGGGGCUUAAAAAAUGGCAAGUAAGAAACGAAAAUGACAAGUUGGAAAUGAUUGCCAAAAAAAACAUAUACAAAGAAGAUAUCGUAUCUGCCCAAAUUCUUAAACUAACAAUAUCCUACUCCACCUUCCCACAGCUUUGCAUCGGCCGCCCUGCGCUGCGAUGGCCCUGCCUCGGAUAUUUUCGCGCACCGAGACAAAAAUCGGGCUUUAAUGGCUCCAUUGAAGAAAUUAAGUAAGCAGGAAGCACGCCGUCAAGCACUCCCUUUUAAAGACUUUAAAAAUGCAAUAGAGAACCUGCCGGCUAUGCCAUAUGAGGUGCAACGCGACCAAGCUGCGGAUGAAGAUGGAGCAAAAGACUAUGGAUGAGUGUGCCAGGCUACUACUACCACAAUGCCUUCUACAAGGACCCAAGGUCCGAAGGCGACACCAGUUUAAGGUACGCGCUUGUCCCCAACGAACGAAGGACAAGUUGCUCAGUAUGCCAAAAGCGGAAGAGGAUGAUUCGCCCGAAGAGUUUCAGCAUGAAUAGGCAAAAUUGGGAAAUUUACGCCUUUGCAAAGUACGCGGACAAGGAAACAAAACCGAAACAAAUAAGCACGAAAGAAGUCAAGCCCGAUGGCAACACUGAAAAGCCUUCUACAUAUAUUCCCUGAGGCAAAUCCUGCUUUUAUGGCGAAGUUGCUAGCAUCUGGCUAUCCCGUUAACGAAACAGCAGUCAAGCUUUUAGCGGAGUAUAGUCGGAGAGGCAUAGGGAUCCGUGUACGUCGGACCGGAGAAAGAGCUAGCCACCAGCGACAGCGUGGGAGGAAAAGCUUUACGGCUUUACCGCGCAGAUAACCAUCAGAGAUCACUAGAAAACACAAACGGGACGGAUAAGCCGUUAACGGGACAAUGAUGUAGUAUUGGUGGCGUCCCAAGUUGGAUUUUAAACAAAUUAUUAAAUAACACUCACUUCGAUAGGCUAACGGCACAAUUGAAAAGCAGGAAUAGCUGGCGGCCUCUUUUGAAAGCGUGGGUGUGUUUGUGUUUAGCUUACAGCUAUCGUGUAAAGUGACCCCACUAUCAACUUGUUCCUUCGCUUACCUUUGCGCCACCAAGAUGAAAGUAAAAUGCACAAUUUGGGAGUGGAUUACAGAGGAAGGAGGAGAUGCAAAACGAAAGAAAGAAACGUAUGAACCCAGCGAACACGAAAGUCCACCGAAGCCACCAAAUUUUCCACCAAAGCCACCAAAUUUUCCGCCAAAGCCUAAUAGUCCAAAUAGUCCACCAAAGCCACCUAAUAGUCCGCCUCCACAAACUCCCUCCAUAAGUCCAGAUCAUUAUAUCAAAAGAAUGCCUCCAACACCUAAAACGCCACCGAAAGACGACUCUGGCUCAGACUCCGAAAUAGGAGAAUGGAGUGGAAUUGUAACCCCAAGGCACGACGUAGCCAGCGUGUCGUCAGUGCGGACGGUGGAGCUGAUUAUAAACGUUUACGGGAUACUCCUUAAAGCAAAGUGUAUAUCACUUUUAAAAAAAGUUAAAGAGGAGCCAUUGACGCCUGGAGACAGGAAGAUAAUAAGAAAAGCUAUUACGGCGUUUUAUUCGGAACAAAAUUUAAAGUUAACCAUGUCAAAAUUUCGCCAGCUUGUAGACGAAAUAACCGAGUUAUUUCCGAAUGAAAUGACUUCCAAUUGGACCUGCGGGAGACAAAAUCGUGUAAAUUUCUAUAACAACAUACAAUCAAAGAAGUAUGAGCUAAAAAAGAAGACUAAGGCUAACAGGAGCUCCUCCAACGCUCCUGCUUUAACACUCUGCUGCCAUGCAGACAAACUUACAUGCAGCACCUGCGCGGAGUUCACCUGCACAAAAUGCAGUGCAUCCUGCAAUAAGUGCAGCCAACUGAUAUGCAGCAGUUGCGAGAUUUCCAAAAGAGCAUUAAAUCUGGAACUGCUUUGCAAUAUGUGCGAAAAGUUCCAAGCUCCAGAAGGGUCUAAAAUUUUACUUUCGUGUCAGCAACACAUUUCAAAAGUUGUGCCAAAAGAAACACCUAAUAAUUAGGAAAAUCAUCGAUGUCUGCAAAGUACAUCCAAACAUCGAUGACAAUGUUUCGACGUUUCAACAGCUCUAAUUUCUUUAAUCUAAUUGAAAUGUACUUAAAUUUCGCCACACACGGCAAAUCGGACUUCAAUAUUACACCAUUUAUUUUAUUACAAUUAGGAUUAGCGUUAAAUCGGCGUAUGCAAUUAUUUGUGUUUAGUAGAUAUACUUAUACCAAAACUGAAAAUUCAAAACAAAUAUACUUAAAUAAUGACGAACAACA